UGCCACCCCCCGGCCCCGGCCCGUCUCUGGGAAGUAGUUCAAGAACGGUGUUACAAUGCAGAAUGCAGCUGAACUGUCUAAAACGAUUUGUUGGUUCCAGAGAUUGCAUCCUUCGUUGCACCAGACUUUACAAUACUAUGGCUGGUGAUUUGAAUAAAACAGCUCUACAUGAUUACCAUGUAUCUCAAGGGGCUCGAAUGGUGGAAUUUGCUGGAUGGAGUAUGCCAGUGCAAUACAGCAACCUUAGCAUCAUACAAUCAACUCUGCACACUCGUCAGCAUGCAUCUCUGUUUGACGUAUCACACAUGCUGCAAUGUUUUUCCAUGCAGCUAGAAGUAAGUGGAGAAGAUGCUGAGUCUUUCCUGGAGUCUCAGAUUGUAGCUGACCUGCGUAGUCUCAGUAUCAACACAGGCAUGUUGUCUGUACUGACUACUGAGAGUGGUGGUAUAAUUGAUGAUCUCAUAACGUCUCUGAAACAUUAUGAUAAUAGAAAAAGUUCUGUAUCUCUUACUCCAAUGGAUGAUAGAUCCCUCAUUGCUUUUCAAGGUCCAAAGGUCGCUUCAUUACUUGAAACGCUCGGUUUGUCGUCUCUCAAGUUCAUGUCCAGUGCUGUGGGUGAGGUGUGUGGGGUAUCGCAAUGCCGUGUGACUCGUUGUGGCUAUACAGGAGAGGAUGGAGUGGAGAAACUGGCAGUGAGCGACAGUGUGGAGUGGGCAGGGCUUGGUGCCAGGGACAUCCUGCGUCUUGAAGCUGGCUUAUGCCUCUAUGGCAACGAUAUCUCUGAACAAACAACCCCUGUAGAGGCUGGACUGGCGUGGUGCAUUAGUGGACGGAGGCGGAAGGAAGGAGGGUUUUUGGGCAGCGAUGUCAUUCGCUCGCAACUAAAGAACAAGCCUCCUCGUCGCAGGGUUGGUCUUAUCUCACACUCGGGGCCACCUGCUCGUGGUGGAGCUAUCAUUAUGGACCAGGAAGGAGAGGAAGUCGGUAAAAAGAAUGAUGACUGGAAGAAUGAUGUGGAGGGGAAACCUGAGUCCAAGGCCUCUAAAGCUAUACGGAGUGCUGUUCAAUUUGUGACCAAGAUAGCCAAGAAAGCUGCCAGUGAGAGUGGAGUGCUCUCUGAAGAUCAGUUGGCUGCUGUAGAGGCUGGUGCAGAUGCUGUCAAUAACCAGGCACAGGCUGAUCCUAACACCAGUCUUAAGGAUAGGCUCAAAAUGGGAGGCAAGAAUAGACUUCUUAUGCAUAACUAUCAGCAAACAUACUAGUUAGUGUAAUUUUCUCACAGCUAAAGAUGGAGCAGGAGUGGCUGGGCAUGGUCUUAAUAUUGCUAGUGAAUAUGUUCCAAAUGAAUACGGUCAAGCUGGAGUGAGUCUUGUGGGAGGGGUUCUGGUUGACCAGAGUGAGGCUGAUGAGGAUUUAUCAGUUAAGCAGCGACUGGGGCUGGCUGCUGGUAGUACCAUACAGGGAGCUGCUGGUUUCGCAGGGGACAUCCAACCCCUCUCUGAUGCUUUGGAUGUUGCAGGUGGUGUUGUUAAAGACCAGGCCGAGGCUGAUGAAGACAUAAGCUGGAAGAAAAGGGUUGCUCUUGCUGCAGGAAGAAGAGGACAAUGAGGAGGAGGGAGAUUAAAACUGAAGUCAAAGAUUUAGAAUUAUAUAAAAUCAGUUUCCUUUUUGACCCUGGAAUUUUUAAAAGCAGUUGAAACAAAAAAUGUAUAUAGUAUAUUACAACACGG